GGGUGGGCCUCGGUUAGCCUUCCGGGAGCUGGUAUUUCCGGGCUGCACUAAAGGCACCAUCCGCCUGCUGCCGCAUCUCUCGCUUCACCUUGCGGACUCAGCGGAAAAAUAAAUUAAAAACAACAAUGUCAGGGAAAAGGACAACAUAGUCUCUCCACAGUGAGUGACUGAUCAUGGCCAGUCGGUGGAGAGAAGGUCAUCGCAGCCGCUCCAGGGAGCGUGGCACCAGCCUAAAAACAGCUGCUGCGCCCCGGCAACAGGAACCGUCCGGAGACACGGGGGACGUCGGGGAGUCGCUGCGAGAGCUGCCAAGAUGGAUGCGGCUCUACCUCUACGGCAUGCACGGCGUGACUCUGGACGUCCUGCUCUCCUCCCUGCAGGGGCUCCUAACCAGUCGGGACCCUAAGCUGGUGGGCUUCUCCUCUCCGUAUCUGUGCAUCAUGCACGCACUGACCCACUUCGCACUGGAGAAGAUCUACUCCCAGAAGAAGUGCUUCCGAGGUCGGCCCGUGGUGUUCCACCUGGUCUUUUACCCGUCUGUCUACAUCGGACUGCAGAUCCUCGUCGGGAACAUCAACACUCUGACCGAGCAGGUGCGAGUGGUGUCCGGGACGCAGCUGGUGGUCCACUACAUCCUGGCUUUGUAUUUCUCCCAGGUGUUCCAUAGAGGGCUCGCGCACCUGCAGUACCAGCCCACCUCCCGCUGCGCCGACCUCUGGAGGAGCCUCGUCGGUCCCGAUCAUCAUCAUCAUCAUCAUCACCAUCACCAUCAUCCUUCAGGCGGACUUCCCGGGUUCGCCCGGUUCUUGUUUUUCGGCAUGCACGGUUUCCUGGACGAGGUGUUGUUCACGUCUCUGUUCAACCUGGUGGAGAAAGGGGUGAGGGCCACCGGGGGCCACACGUCCCUGUGGUCCUUCCUGAUGUACGGCAGCUGCAGCUUCGUGGUGGAGAAGCUCUACUUCCACCUGCACUUCGGGCGAGGCUGGGGGACCUGGCGGCGCCUGCCCAUCUACAUCUGCUUCAUCUACACCUGGGAGUUCUGCUGCGGGCUGACGCUGAGGCAGUUUGACGCCUGCUCCUGGGAUUACUCCCACUAUCCGCACAACUUCAUGGGACUCAUCACCCUCCUGUACCUCCCGGGCUGGCUGAUCCUGAGUCUGUACCAGGACGUGCUGUCUAACGUGCUGCUGAGAAUAAGGUGCACCAAAGACCCAGACUGCGUGAGUGGGGAGAAUGGAGAGGUCAACGGACAACUGGAAUCGAAGAAAAAAUAACUCUCAAUGAACAAAUCAGUUUCCUAACAGAUCUAUU